CGAUUUUUAUUUAGUUGACAUUGCCGUUUAACAAAUUUUCCAUUAAACGAUUGUAAUUUUAUUAAGGUCAAAAUGUUUUCUCCGGUUCCUUUCAAGAUAUCUAAUUUCAUUGAUGGACAAUUUUUUGAUAAAGAGCAUUCAUUUGAAUCAUUUAAUCCAUCGAAAGGUAGUGUUAAUGCUUGGAUUCCGGAUUCAAAUGAGCAAGAUGUUCAAUUAGCUACCGAUGCUGCAUUGAAAGCGUUUAAAACAUGGUCGAAAACAUCUGAAAUGUCUCGAAUCAAAAUUCUGAACAAAAUUGCAGAUCUUAUUGAAGAAAAUCUCGAUGAAUUGGCUAAGCUUGAAAGUGAAGAUCAAGGUAAACCAUUAUUGGUUUCAAAGUCGGUUGAUAUUCCUCGAUCGGUUUUGAAUUUUCGUCAUUUCGCCAAUUGUUUAUCAUAUCAAUCAGAUCAUUCGAUUGUUGAUCAUGAAGCUGGAAUUAUUAAUUAUGUUACAAGGCAUCCAGUUGGUGUUGUUGGCAUCAUAACACCGUGGAAUUUACCAUUGUAUUUGCUAACAUUCAAACUAGCCCCUGCCAUAGCGUUCGGAAAUACUGUCGUAGCAAAACCAAGUGAACUAACUUCCAUGACAGCAUUUCGUUUAUGUCAAAUAUUGAAUGAUGCUGGAUUGCCAAAAGGUGUAAUUAAUAUGGUGUUUGGUUAUGGAAACAAAGUUGGUGAAGCUAUCGUAAAGCAUCCAUCGAUCAAAUUGAUUUCAUUCACCGGAUCUACAAUAACAGGUCAAAAAAUUGCACAACAAGCAGCACCAUUAUUUAAACGUCUUUCCUUGGAAAUGGGAGGAAAGAAUGCAGCCAUUGUUUUUGAUGAUGUUAAUCUUGAAAAAGAAUUGAUCCAUAUAGCGAGAUCAGCAUAUUUUAAUUCAGGACAAAUAUGUCUUGCAUCAAGUCGAAUUCUGGUCCACGAGAGUAUUUAUGCCGAAUUUGUUGAAAAAUUUAUAAAAAUAUCACGAGAAUUCAUUAUUGGCGAUCCAUUUGACAAAGAAACCAAACUGGGACCACUUGUGAGUGCACAACAUCGAGACAAGGUAUUGAGAUAUAUCAAUCUAGCACGUAAUACAGAUAAAGUCAAAAUGACAUAUUUGGAACCAAAUUAUCUAAACAAAAAUGGAUAUUUUUGUGGAAUAGCUAUUGUUUCGGAUAUCGAAAUCGAUUCACCAUUAAUGAUGGAAGAAAUUUUCGGUCCAGUUGUUUGUAUUGUACAAUUUAAAGAUGAACAAGAAGCAAUCGAAAUUGCUAAUAAUACAAAUUAUGGUCUUUCAGCAACAGUUUGGACACAAUCGUUAGAUCGAAUGCAUCGCGUUAGUCAUCAGAUUGAAGCUGGAACUGUAUGGGGUAAUUGUUGGUUAGUUCGUAAUUUGAACAUGCCAUUUGGUGGAAUCAAACAAUCAGGAAUAGGUCAUGAAAGUACCGAAGAUUCAAGAGAAUUUUAUACAAACAAAAAAACAAUUUGUAUAAAAAUUUAAUGACAAAUGUUAACAAAUAAUAAACAAAUUCAAUCGAUUAUCAAU